AUUUAAUGUUAAUAGAUGUAAAUGUACUCUUUUGCCAGUGUUUAUCCACUAAAGAUAAUGACAUUUAACUAGGAUGCAAAAGUAUUUUAAUACUCGAUUAAGCGUAACAAGAGCAGUCAUCUAACAAAUGUUUAAAUUCUUAUGUAUUUGUUUUUAUUAUUUAACAGACUGAAAAGUAACAUUAUCAAAAAUUAUAAAUUUUCACGCGUCCAUCCAUGAAAGCAGCCAUUUUGAUAAAACGAAGAAAGCGUCUUCCGAGGCUGCCCGGACACGCAGCAACAAUUUCUCUUCAAGUUUCUGCAGCAUUGCUGAAUUUAGCAACGAUCGGUAUAUUUUUGUCCACUAGAGGGCGAAAAAGAGAUUAUGUUUGAAAGCUCUCUCUUCUCGUUUGGAAGCGUGCAAAAGCGAUAAGUUGGAUCUAUAAAACACAUUUAUAUUUAUUUUCUCUAGAAUUUACUCAUUUCAUUAUUUAUUUUAAAUGCAUAUUGAUCGAUUUCAAUAUACAAUGGCUAUGUCUAAAUAACUAUAACCAUUUCAUUUGUUUCCAGUAAUCAGAAUGUCAGAUGAUGAUAGUGAAGAGAUACUUGUGGAUGAAAUUGGGAAUUUAGAUAUAGAUGGUAAAAACGUUGAAAAUGUGAUGAUAGAAUCUGGUGAUCCUGAGAAAGAUGUUCUACAAGCUGCAGAAAAUAAUGAAGUGGAGGUGUUAAGAGCUUUGCUGGAAAAUGAUCCAAAUCUGGUUAAUGUUAAAGAUGAAGAUUCAUAUACUCCUUUACAUAGAGCAUGUUAUAAUAAUAAUGUAGAAGUUAUAAGGAUUCUUCUUUCAUACAAAGCAAACAUAGCAGCAAAGACAGAAGACAACUGGGAACCAUUACAUUGUGCAUGCAAGUGGGACAGCGUCGAAGCCACCUCGGUUCUCCUCCAAAAUGGUGCAAAUGUAAAUGCCACUUCCAAAGGUGGCCUAACUCCUUUACAUCUGGCUGCUUCAAAUAAUGGAGGCAGGCGUACAUUGGAAUUAUUGUUGUGGCAUCCUUACAUAGAUGCUACCAUAAAAAAUGAAGCAGGCGAGACAGCUUAUGAGAUAGCUUAUCGUAGCGGGCCUUUCUCUAAAUUAUUUGAAAUUUUAGACGAUUCUAUCAAUGUCUACUAAGUAUUUAUUUCCAUUAAGAUGUUAGAAAUUACAUUUAUUUAUUUAAAACAUAAAUUCCUUUAAACACUGAGCAAAUUUGAUUCUGAAAAUUACCAAAAUAGCCAGCAAUUCAAAUGAUGUCAAUGCUCAAACUGCUCAAAAAAUAUCAAAAUAAGAGCUACAAACUUCAACUGUAUAAUGUAAAAGGUGUACUAAAUAAGAUUUCACAAUGUUUUUAUAAAUUAUAGCUUGUACAUAUUACAUGUUUUCUUUUUAAUUUUUAUUAAAUAAGAUAUGCAUAUACAUACAUAUUAAAUUAUAUCUGCAAUUUUACAAUAAAUGU